GUUUUAUCUUUAAUUUAGCCUCGUUUCAAAUAUGAAAGUACAGAAUGCCUAACAUUUUUAACCUGAAAGCGCGUUUUUUAAAUAGGACAUCAUUCUAUCUUCAACUUGCUAGUGUGACAUAUGAUUCAUGCUGUAAUAUGGACAUUCACAUCGCUUUCCCAGACAAACCAGUGUACCUGGAACGAUACAAAGGAGGGGAAAACUUAUCACUGAAGAAUCACAAAGAAACGAGUGAACUUUCACUUUCGCCUUCAAACUGUUUUACCGAUAAAAAUGACAUUUUGCUAUUUCCAAACAUCUUGAAGGCAAACAACGAUACAAUAUCAAAUUAUAUCAAAAGUGCCAUUCGUUCCCAAAAGCUGUUGAGAGAAAUAUCCCCAAAAUAUACAUCUAAUGUCUCACUCAGUACAUUCACUGAUACUGACUCAAAUCAAGACGCUCAUGAAAAAAUAUACAGAGGUGUUUGUGUUUUUGCCAAUCAUUCACUUGAAACAUUUAGUGCAAAAGAUGUCAUUAAGAUAGCUAAUGAAAAUAAUUUCAAAAGACACUAUUUUAUUAAACAAAUAAAAGAAGGAAAAUGCCGGGUUGAAGAAAGAGAUUCAGAAACUAUGGGUGUCAUAUCAGAUCAUGUUUACAUAGUGAAAGACAGCUGGGGAACAUUUGAAAAAUGUCUUUCUAUCACACAGUGUCAGUCAAGAGCAUUUUCUAAACCAGACUUGUGUCCUGUUUUUCACAGCUAUGUUGAAGCUAGAGAAAUAUUAUGCAAGUGUAAAGAUAUGCCUGAAGCCAUCACCUUGCUAGAUAUUGCUGACAAAAAUAUACCAGCCAACUUUGACGUGAAUAAAUUACAAAAGCAGAUACAACAUCCUUUUGUAGUGGUAGAAGGACUUGAUGCAACAGGUAAAACAACAUUAACUGAAACAUUAGAGAAGAAACUGAAUGCAGUAAGAUAUUACACUCCUCCUCCUGAAGUGGCCCAUCUAAGGAAGUUCUUUGAUGCUUUGCCAGAGAUCAUAAGAAGAGCUUAUUACUGCAUUGGCAAUUACAUUGUAGCAAUACAAAUAGCUAGGGAAUGUCAGAACAAAGCAGUUAUAAUGGAUAGAUUUUGGCACAGUACUACAGCAUAUGGGGUAGCCAAUGAAACCAGUACUUCUGACAUGCCACCUAGUGGACACUGGGUCUACCAAUGGCCAUCAGAUCUAUUGAAGCCAACGCUAGUUCUGUUCCUGACAGUUACAGAGGAAGUUAGAAGGCAAAGGUUGUCUGGUAGAGGAGGAGCCAUAACAUUUGAGGAGCAGCACUUAGACAAGGAUGUUUUAUUUAGACAAAGGCUUUGUGAAGCAUACAGAAGAAUGCAAAAUCCUGUCUGUAUUGAAAUAGAUGCCAAAGGUUCAAAAGAAAGUGUAGUGAAGGCAGCAGAAGAAACACUAGAAAAACAUGGAAUAAAAUUGUAGAUAUUGAGGUGACAAGUCAUUGAUAUUAGAUGUAUCUACAUGUAAACUAGUCACAUUAUUAUACAGUAUUUUAGUUAUAGUAAUAUAAUUUGUAUACCCCACUGCAAGGAGAAGGUACUGGUUGACCUCUUUCUGACUAAUACAUCUUUUCUGAAUUAUCUCUGCAACUUUAAAUUUUUGGUACAAAGCUUCAUACUGGUAAGCUGCACAUUUCAUCAUUCUAUCUUCCUGUUUGCAGAAUACAUUUUCACUCUUCAAAUUGAUACUAGUUUAAUAAAAGUUCUUCUUCACAUUUUUCACAGCAACUACAAAUCAGAGCUUCUUAAUAUGGUAGCAAGCCUCAUUUAGGAAGCACAUUUUCAUGUCUGUAACUGAAUUACGACAUGUUUUAACAUAUCCAUAUUACAUAAAAGGGAUAACAUUUAUCUGCAAAAAUAUACUGGGAAGAACAAAAGAUCAACCACCAAUCCUCUUGACAUUGAUUCAUGUUGAAGAAAUUUUUGUCAGCAACUACAAAGACUUUUUAUCAAUUUUGGUAUCAAAUAUUGAUAUGGGCAAUCAUAACAUUGUACUCUUCUACUUUUCAGCUAAAUUUAGUAUAUAUAUGCCUUUCACUUAAAGUCAAGAUUUAAGGAAAACAUAAGAGAUCACUAGCUAACACUACCAAUUAUGUGUACUUGAUUUGAGUUUAGGAUUAUCCAUAUAGACUUUCUCAUGUGGUAGAUAUCU